AGUUGUCCUACCCAGAACUACCACCUAGAACCCGAUAGCGCAAUGGCACGUACCAAGCAAACGGCCCGUAAAUCCACAGGCGGAAAGGCGCCCCGUAAACAGUUGGCCACCAAAGCCGCACGUAAGAGCGCGCCCGCCACUGGAGGUGUGAAGAAACCCCAUCGUUACCGUCCGGGAACCGUGGCUCUCCGUGAGAUCCGUCGUUACCAGAAGAGUACCGAACUGUUGAUCCGCAAAUUGCCGUUCCAACGUCUGGUGCGUGAAAUCGCCCAGGAUUUCAAGACCGAUUUGCGUUUCCAGAGUUCCGCUGUCAUGGCACUGCAGGAAGCCAGUGAAGCGUAUUUGGUCGGUUUAUUCGAAGACACCAAUUUGUGUGCGAUCCACGCCAAACGUGUCACGAUCAUGCCAAAAGACAUCCAAUUGGCUCGCCGUAUCCGCGGAGAACGUGCAUAAUUUUCUAUUUUAAUUAUCACCCUAAAACGGCCCUUAUCAGGGCCACCACAUCACUAUUUUUCGGCAGUUAUGAAUUUGUAAAUAAAA